AUGGUUUCAUGGACACACUUGAUCCGAUUCGUUGCCAUUGAGGACCACCAGAUUCACCUGGGACAGCUUGUUGACACGUCUCGAGAUGUCGGUCAAGAUUCGGUCAAUGGAAAGGACAUAGCUGCAUAUCUUAUCGACGGUAAUGUAUUUGAUGGCCGAGUCACUGACCAAAUAUACCAUGUGAAGCAGUUGCUGUCGCCGAUAUCAGGGGAACAAUGUGACUACAUUCGUUGUCUAGGACUGAAUUACGCAGACCAUGCCAGAGAGUGCAACCUCGAGCUACCAAAGGCCCCCAUACUCUUCACAAAACCUCGUUCGGCGCUGUCUGGUCCGUAUCCCGCACCAAUCAACAUUCCCAAGUGUGCCCAAGAUGGGACGAGUGAUUACGAGGCCGAGCUCUGCGUUGUUAUCGGCAAGACAGGCAGGGAUAUCCCUGAAGAAAAAGCUCUAGAUCACGUUCUCGGCUAUACUGCGUCCAACGACAUAUCGGCGCGUGGCUUCCAAAGGGUCAAUGCACAGUGGUCUUUCUCUAAAGGACUUGAUGGGAGUUGCCCCAUAGGCCCUGUCCUCGUGGCUCCGUCGGUUAUCCCGGACCCGCAGAAACUGGUGAUCAAGGCUAUCUAUAACGAUACGGUCGUUCAAGAUGGUCACACAAGAGAUAUGAUCUUCAAUGUGAAGAAGCAAAUUUCAUAUCUUUCGCAAGGUACUACACUGGCAGCCGGGUCUCUCAUUCUUACAGGAACGCCCGCCGGCAUUGGCUGUUUGAGGAAGCCUAAGGUAGUGCUCCAACACGGUGAUUCCAUCUGCAUUGAAGUCGGUCAGAUUGGGACCCUGGUUAACAAGGUGCGCUACGAGGAACGGUAG